CUGGAUGGCUGGCACCACCUCAACCAGCAUGGCCAUGGCAAGGGCAAGAGAAAGCUGCUCCAGUCCCCCAUCUUCGGGCCAUACUCCCCCCUGAGCGUGGCCUACAAUGGCAAGACCUGCAUCCUGUUCAAAGCCAAGCGCUUGGCCGUCCGCUACAAGAACCACACCUUCAUAGACCUGACGGAGAAGACCUUCGGACCCAACGCCCCUGUGGACACCAAGGGAUCCAUCUGCACCAAGGAGAAGGCUACGUAAGUACUGUAAAUCAUGUCCAACCGUGAGUUGUAUCGACUGCUAUGUAGCUAUCAAAUAACUUGAAAAAGUUUAAAUUAUACAUUCAAUUCAUGGAGGAAAAUAUUGUUACAAUGAGAUGAGUACUGUAUAUCUCACACAGGAGAUACCUUCUAAAGGCCCGGUCCUUUUCAAUCAACAUAAUGAGUUUGUUUUUGUACACAGGCUCUCACUGAAGUUUGGCGAUGUGGAGGACCUCAGGGGACUUGUUAUCAGGCUGCAGAUGUCCAACACGUUCUACGAGUCGGCAGGGCAGAACUGGUUCACCUUAGACAGCGUACACAUCCACUACAACUGGACCCAUGAGGCUACAUUCAACGCCAGCGAGGUGUAUGCCCCUGCCACCUCCUCCUAUCACUGCCAGCAUGUCAGCAGUCAGCACAAAUAUGACACCCUCCUGGUACCCAGCUCACACACCGACACCUCAGCUAACUGGCACAUCACGUUCACUGACUUCCAGGUAUGGGGCUUUGGCCAUUUUUAUUGACUGAUUGAUUUAUCUAUACAAAAACCUGUUCACUUCACCUUGUAAUAUUUCCAAUUUCCUCUCCUCCUCUCUGCAGAUCCAGGCGUUCAACGUCAUGUCUGAUAAGUUUGCGUCGGCCAGCGACUGUGCCACCUUCCUGACCCCAGCCAUACUGAUGGGGCUGGUGACCUCUCUGAUCCUGCUGUUGGUGUUGGCCUACGCUCUGCACAUGGUGGUGCACCUCAAACACAUCGACCGCUACGAGGAACAUAAAGCUAUGGUGUACUUCCCACGUAGGCUGAGCAAAGCUCUAGAGCGCAGGGCCUCACAGCAGUACGAGCUACCCGACAAGAACUGCCUGUGAGAGAGGGAGGAAGAGAGAGGGAGGAAGAGAGAGAGAGAAGAUAGAGAGACGUGGAUGCUGGUGAAUGAAAGUGGGAAAAAGUUACACCCACACUGUUUUCCAUGCUUCCGAAUGUUUGUUUACUAGUGACAACUAGUUUGACCUGUUGGCUUUUGCCUGUUCUCUAUUAUAAGACCAACAUGUUAACAUGUUAUCACUACUAAGCUAUCACAUUUUCUGGAGCAUUAAAACUGUGUUUGUCUACCAUUCUUCCUUUUUUUCCAUUGACCUGAACCUUCACAUUCAUUUCCUAACUAAGGUAAUUGGAUGUUAGACCCUCUUGAUCGUGGGGUUAGAGGUCAGGAAGAGACCAGGGGCCCUGGAGGGACACAGUGUCACCAAGCUUUCACCUCAGCCAGGCACUGAAGCACCCGAUUCAACAGAUAAUGACUGCAGCUAACCCUGCCAUCGUCCAAGCCUGCUUAGGGGCCCUCACCCCUUAGCAUAACUGGGCUUUGGUGUGUGGAGUCCCCGCUCCCCAUCCUAGCAUUGACACAUUGCCAAAUUCACUAUCUCAUCUUCAAUACCAACACAAGGAAUCCUUUGUCGAAUCUCAUGGCAUAUUCAGUGAAUUAGCUGCACGCUGUCAUAAGGUGGUCUAGCACAGUGUUUCUAAGGACCCACUGGUAGAUCACAGACAAAUCUUACUGGGUUAAGAUUGUACUUGAGCUGGAAACUUGUUUGAGAUAAUUUGGAGGGUAUCUCAAGAAUUCUAGAGGGUUUUGGUGGUUCAUGGCACAAAACUAUUUGGGAACCACUGGUUUGGCACCUGGCUGGAGUGAACUAGAUCGGUCACUGUGGCUCUCCUGAACCUCUGGGGAUUCCCACCCUGCCCCUGGCGUAGACUUUUGGGACUUACUGUGAAAUGGCCUUGAAUGGACCAGCCACCAGUCUGAGGGGUUCCACUAACUAGCACAACAUGGGUUAGCCUGGCAGGCGCUAAUGGCUAACUCUCAACACUAAAGACUAAACAUGGAAAUAAGCUGCACAAGACUGCCCUUCUGAGGGCAACGAAUGACGCGGGUCUAUAGGAAGACGUCACUCACUGAAAGUCUAUGGAGUAAGGACAAGGGAGGUGAAGGAGCUGCCAGCCACGCUGCAGGGUUUUUGACUGCCAAAGUGAAGAUAAAGGAUUUUCCAUUACGCAUGACAAUGUGAACAUGAGAAGUACAGUUACAAUGUAAAAAACUAACGAAAAACACUCAAAUGUACAGAUGUAUCUCUCAGCUGAAGUCUUUUUUAUGUACAGUGUAAUCAAGAAAUACUACUAGGUACAGGAAGGCUAUUCUACUACUGCUCAUAAUCACAAGGAUAUACAGUGCUGUAGAUAUGUUAAGGUCAUAUGAUCAUAGCUGUUUACUAUCUUCAAAUAGCGCACAAUUACAUAGGUAUCAGUUAAACAUUGUGCUAUAAGGAUUGGUGACAGUAUCAAUGCAUAUUCAUUUUUUUCUACAGUAUUACCAUAUAACACUGUCCAUCAUAUAUUUGUCUUGAACUGGGCCAGACAUGACACUCUAGAAGUACAGUCCAGUUUAAAGGUAGAUUCAGCAGUAUGACAUCAUCGUCCACAGUGGGGCGACUUCCUGCUUCACAGACACAACAACAUAUUCAAAUCUGCCAAUAUUUCCCUUUCUGGGGAAGAGCCAAUAGGGGCAGUCUUGGCAGAUUACAAUUUUGUUGUUGUUGAUUUCUGUAAGCGGGAUAUCACCCCGCUGUGUAUGAUGAUGUCAUAUUGCUGAGUCUACCUUUGAUCCAACUGUUUUUUUCCAGUACAAAUGUAAACAUAGGGACGAUACUUAUGGAAUGCCGUCCGUCCGCAGGUACAUAUAGAGGCCAUUAUACUCCAGAGACAACACUAGCAACCAGUAACAACAUCAGUAACUCACUAUUACAGAAUAACACUCAGCAUGACAGUAAGUAGAUCUUACAUUCGAUAUGGCAGUUCUGUCAGUCUGUAGCAGUGCGACGUGUACUUUGGUCACAAAUGUAUCCUAAAACUAUGAAACCAGUGGAGGAUGUUUCUCCAUGGAACAAUUUAUGUAGUUUGAUCAAUAAACAAUAAUCAAAUUAAA